AUGAGUACAGUAACUAAGACUAACGAUUCUGACAUUAUUGCUCAUCCUCAGUCUCCGAUUUUGAAAGAAUAUAAUCUAAAGUUGUCUCAUAGGAGUGUUAGUUGUUCUAACACAGUUUAAAUAUUACCUGAAGAUGCAAAUUGGAAUUCAGCUUGCUUUAGUAAUUCCAGCUAGAGCAGUCAUUCUAUUUUAAAUAAUCAACUUUCUUGUGAAAACUUUCGUAAUGUUGAGUAUGAUAUCUGCCCUAUAUUGCCCAGCUAAAAUGGAAAUAAUUAAUAGUCUGAUAUAACUUUUAAAUUGCAGCUUAGCAAUCUGUUUAUGUACGUUAACGAAUAAACCUUUGAAAACUCUUUACACAUUUCCAAAGCUAGUAGUCACCAUUCAUCUUUUUUGAUUGAUGAAUAACCAAAAUUUAAAUUGGAAGAAGAGGAAAAUGAAAAAACAAUAAGAGAAACAAAUAAUGAUUUAUUUUUAUCAUAGCCAGGACUAAAAUGCACUUAAGUGAGAAAGUACUAAAAAAAUGAUAUUAUUUAAAUAAGUUUUGUUCAAGAUGCAUAACUAUAAGCAAACAAAUAGAUUUUUGAGCUUUAAAUGUAAGAAAGCUUCGCAUAACCACAAAAAGAUUAACAAAUGAAUCAUUAUUAGAAAUUAUCAGAUAGUAUGAAUAAAAUCAACUAACCAUCUGAAAAUCAGUUUGAAUCGUCACACUUACUAUAGAGUAGUUCUAAGAAUUACAUAUAAACCAAAAAUUUUGAUGAUUAAUAAAGUAGUAACCAAUUCACUAAAAGAUUCGGAAUUAAAUUUGAAAAUUUAUUCCCACAUUAAGAAAUUUCUAGUUUAAAGCAAAAAAAUUUCAGCAACCCCUAAAUUAAUUUAAAAAACAUUAGUGAAAUAGAAAGCUGGGUUAAGCUUAGAAUUGUAAAUCAAGUAGAUUUAUAGAAUUAUAAUAAGAAGUAAAUCCGUAGGGGAGGUUCUAAUUACUACAUAUUUACUUUUGAUUAGAAAUUGCAAAGGUAUUUCCUUGCCAGACAAGUCUUAGAUUAAUAAUUUGUGGAUUUAAUUCAUUCAAAUUUUGAUGAAAUUACCUAUUCAUAUUUACAUUCAGAAUCAAUCACAUCAGGGAUAUCUCCAAAAAUUAAACAAUACAUGCAAAUUGCUGUUGACAAAAUUUUAGAUAUGAGCCAAAAAAAGUGUACUGGUUAAACAUAUGAGAUUCUCUAGUCACAAUUUAAUGAACAAGUAUAGACUUUCUAAUUAAAUGAAUUUUUACCAGUUUCUUAAAAUGAGCGCUCAAUCUUCAUGAAUGAAAACAUGCAUUUUUUUAAUCCUUUAUUCAUGGCCAAUAUUUAUUGUGAAAAAUCUAACGAAAUAAUUAAAAAACAAAUAAUUCCCUAUCAUAUAGUACUUGAAUAAUCAUAUUUUAUAUCAACUGAACCUAAGCAGAAUGGUGACCAUAAAAAAACAAAUAAAUCGUCUUCUAUAAUAAAACUAUAUUCUAAUUCAAUCAAAAAAAAUGUCUCUUAUCGCUAAUAUAUUAACCACUAAUACCUUGAGUAAUCUAUAGCAUUUUAAGAAAAAUUUUACCAAAUCAAAACCAUAUGGAAGCGUAGAGGUAAGAACUAAAAAAGAAAGAGUAAAUAUCAUUCAGAUGAAGAGUUUUCAAGUUUUGACACAAAUUGA